UUCUGAUAUCUAAGCCUAAGCCAAUACAGGCCCAGCUCCUAGCCCACUGUUGGGUGUCUUUGUCCCCAGCCAACGACAUCCAAGCUAAAGAUGGUUCGGUUCCUCAACAUAAACCUGUGUGUGUGUCACCUGGGAGGGAGGACGUUAAGACUGUUCUGCAAGCUCAGGUACCUCAUAACCAUCCUUAGAACCUUUCCUCACCUGGCCAAGACACCCCUAGCCUUGGACUUCCGUAGCUGCUCCUUGCCUUCCUCUCCCCUGCCUCCCAGCUUUGCCAGGAAAGGAGCCCCCAAGAGCUUGAGGUUCAAACACAUGAGCUUGACCGCUGAGUACCUCCUUGAGGGUGGUACCAGAGGGGUGAGAUACUCCCAGGCGGCCCGUGUCUACUCAACCUCUAGUAGGAAUGUGUUGAAGGCGGAGGCCCCCAUCGGGGUCCUUCAUGAGGACAGCCUUCAGGAGGACAGCCAGACAUUGUUUCAGUUGAGCAUGCUUUGUCUGGGUGAUUCUUUUAAUCGCCUCUCCAGACACAUCAAUAUUUACUUCAAGAGAAAGGAUGUGACCCAGCUGUCCUCUGUUGCUGGGAAUGUGGGGUUUGUUGUCACAACUCAGGAGAGUCUGGGCAGCAGGCCACAGAGGCGUAGUCAAAGUAACAGGGCAGCCAGGGAGGACAGUGAGACAACAACACAGCAGCCUUUGGAAAAUGAAAACGAUCUUGAGACGUCAGACAGCCAGACAGAGACAAGCUCCGCCCCCCAGCGAUAUGGUGGACUGCAGUUAUUUCACAUCAGUUCCAUUGCCUCCAGGUUUGGGGAAAGUUACAGUUAUGUUGCUCAUCACAUAAACUCAUCACAUGAACACCUAAAGUCAGUGUUCACCAAAGGUUCGGCACAGGACGUCCUAGGUUCGACUCUGGAAGAGACUCUGGAGGAUCUGGCUUCAAGCAGAGUGUCGACCAGGAGGAGGAGGAAAACACUAAAAAUCAGUUACAUUGAAAGUGUAAAGGAAACUGAACCGGCUCAUUUAAAGACUAGUGCAGCUGCAGCUCAGACCACAGCCAUUCAGAAACCAGCCAUUGAACGUGCUGAUAUCUCCAACAACUGGGAGGGAGAGGCAGAGGGCUACCUUCACUUUGCCCAGCACGUCAACAGAUACUUUGGAGCCAAAACCGUUACAGACGAAACUGAACUACCACCACCUCAAACAGAACAUCUGGUUGCGGACCACAUGCCAAACAGCAGGACGUAUGCCAAACAGCAGUGUUCUAAAUCUUCUACCUCCAGACAUGAACAAUCAGCCACAGGGCUAAAGCAGGAAGAUCCACCCAUCCGUCCCAAAUCCCUUUUCCACAUCAGUAACAUCACAACCAGUUUCGGUGAGAACUAUGCAUACAUGGCUAAUUACGUCAACAGCUAUUUCAAAGGCAGCUAUGAUGCCGUGGAGGAGGAGGAGUUAGAAAGAGGUCCCAUCGAGGAACGCAGGGGAGAAUGGGAGAUGGAGUAUGGAUCCGUUAGGUUUCCGAAACCACAGCCUGCUGUAUCCUUCAUGGAGUGCCUUCUCAAUCCCAGUAGUGCCAUCCCCAGCCUCCUGGGGGGGUAUAUGGGGGGCUCCUGGGCUCAGAGCAACCAGGCCCAUCCUGCCUCUAUGCUCAGUGAGGCCACACUUAGAAGAAUGGUGAUGGGCAGGAGACAGGCAGAGGAGAUGACCCGUGCUUUGGUGUCCAGUCUACAACAGGCCUUCUCUCCUGAGGCCAUCACUGAAGUUGUCGAUGAGCUCAACACACACCUUAUCCGUCACCCAGGAUGCAAAGCAGUGGUCUGGCAGGAGAAAGCUGCUGUUCAGCUCUUAAGACAGCGGCGUAGCCAUAGAGAAGACCAGGAACUUCAGUGUGUCAUUAGGGAAACCUUGGCUCUGAUUGGCUAUGUGGAUCCAGUCAAAGGUCGUGGAAUCCGAGUGCUCUCAAUCGAUGGUGGUGGCACCAGAGGGGUGGUGCCACUGCAGGUCCUCAAGCAGCUGGAAGCGGAAACAGGCAAGCAGGUUCACCAGCUGUUUGACUACAUCUGUGGAGUGAGCACAGGGGCAGUGUUGGCCUUCAUGCUUGGCCUGGCCCGUUUCUCUCUAGAGGAGUGUGCAGAUAUGUACCGUCGUUUUGGCUCGGAUGUGUUCCGUCAGAACCCCUUGGUGGGCACAGUGAAGAUGGGCUGGAGUCACUCCUACUACAGCACCGAGACCUGGGAGAUGAUACUGAGAGAGAAGAUGGGCGACCAAGUUCUGAUUAAAACAGCCAGGGAUGAGUUGAGCCCCAAGGUGUCAGCGGUGAGCGCCGUGGUGAACUGGGGGACGAGUCCCAAGGCCUUUAUCUUCAGGAACUACAACCACAGCCCAGGCCGUCUCAGCCGCUACGCAGGGGGGUCUGGGUACCAGAUGUGGCAGGCCGUUAGAGCGUCGUCCGCUGCCCCGGGAUACUUCCAGGAAUUCCCCUUACACAGUGACAUCCAUCAGGAUGGUGGCCUCAUUCUAAACAACCCUUGUGCCCUCGCCGUCCACGAGAGCCGUCUCCUGUGGCCCAACCAGCCUUACCAGUGUGUCCUGUCGCUCGGCACCGGUCGCUAUGACAAUGCUAAGCGGAGCCCGGGCACCUCCACCAGCCUGCGUGCCAAGAUCAACCACCUGAUCUGCAGUGCCACCGACACAGAGGGGGUCCACACCCUCCUGGACGACUUGCUGGCCCCAAACGUCUACUUCAGGUUCAACCCCAUGCUGAGUGCCGAGGUAUCCCUGGAUGAGAGCAGCGUCAGGGCCAUGGAGCAGCUGCAGGCUGACACCCAGGUCUACCUGGACAGGAACAAGCCCAAGAUGGCCAGGCUGUGUAAGGUGCUGGGGCAGGAGCGCACUGCGCUGAGCCACACCAAGGACUGGGUCAGUGAGAGAGCCUGGGAGAUGCAGCAGAGCUGGGUUUGAGGGUUCUAGGUCACAGGUCACAGGUUAGGUUUUAUUACUUAGUGCCUGUAGUUUUACCCUGUUUUUUUUUUACGUUUUAGCAAACUCUUCCUUCCUCCCAAAUGCUCACAUACACCUUUCUGUUUAAAUGACUGUGUAAGUACGUGUUUUUAUAUAUGAACACCAAAAUGAGGAAAUACAUAGUUGGAGCUCUGUUACUCCAUGCGAAGGGCUCUGUCUGUCAUGCAUUUAUGUAUGCAAAAUCAAAACUGCAUAGUAAUUUAUAUAUAUAUAUUCAGUACUGUAUAUGUAUUGGCAUGAAUGAGGAUGCACUCCUUUAUGGAAUAUUGUUAAGUGUAUUUGCACUUCCAGACCUGGGUUCUAAUACUAUUUAGGGUAUUUCAAUUACUUUUUUUUUUCAAUUACUUUUUCAUUUUUUGUAAAAACAAAUUUAAGGCAAGUAGUUGAAUAUUGGAAUUUAUUUGGAAAUACACUUGGAAAGUAUUUGAAAAUACUCAAAUACACUCCCACUCAUUUAACUGAGGUAUUUGAAAAUACUUUAAAGCAGAAGGAUGUAUAUAUAUAUAUAUAUAUAUAUAUAUAUGGAAUAAUUUGAAAAAUAAUUCCAAUAGAAGUAGUUGAUUCCGGCCACGUUAUAUGAAAAUACUCAAAUACACAGAAAAUAAGUAUUUAAAUCACAUUUAUUUGAACCCAGGUCUAGCACUGACCGUAUAUUGAAGAUGUUUGCACUGAGGGAAUUUGUGUAGCUGCUAGUGAUAUGUGUUAUCUCAUAUUAUUAUAAAAAUUUUGUUAAUGUUAAACCUAUUUAUAUAUUUUUAAAAACACAUUAUUAUUGAAAAAUGAUAUGCUGUGUUUUGUAAGACGCCUCAGCCUCUUAAAAGCUCUGAAGUGUACAGCAAACUUGUCCCUCACAUAAUUGUGAAAUAUCUCAGACCCAGUAAUUCCCCACCCAGAUUUGGAUUGGUGAUGUAACAAUUGAGCAAUUAAAAAGCAGCUUGUGGUAUUGACUUUGUACUGCUGGAGUUUGAGGGGUUAAUGGCAGCCUGCCUGCGUCUAGAGGCUGUACCCACCCUGGUCAGUCACCAUAAAGGACACACUUGGUUUGGGACAGAAAUGCCUUGUUAGAGAGAGUGAGUGUGCAUGUGGCAGCCAGAGAGAAGACACAAGUUCAGUAACCCCCAGCCUUUCACUCAACAAAAGCACAGAUAACAAAAUAAAUGAAAUGACUUUAGACAUCAAAUCAUCUUCGAUCUAGUCCUCUUCCCCAUUUUGACUGAUUGCUGUAUGAAGAAAUGACAUGUUAUGAAGACAUUUUGCCUCUUUUUCAGCUGAUGGUGACAGCUGAUCUGUCACAAUGGAUGGAGAUGACGUAAUGUUUGUUGUAUCCACGUUACACAAAGGACAUCAGAUGGUGCCCAUUUGACAAGUCGUGGGACCAGAACAGAGUUUGACCUGAUUUUAACCUCUGAAGUCCUCAUGAAAUAUUGACACGUGUCCUGCAUGUGGUUGGAAAGAAUGCCCGUUUUUCCUGACAACACACAUUAGACCAGAGAAGAGUCCACUGAGAAACCGAUGGAGGAAAAGGGCUGUUCAAUGUAAGAACUAAAUCUGUCAAAAAGGAAAGAGAGAUGACAGGAAAUACCGCAGAGUCCAAAUGAGAAUGAUGAGAAGAAUAGAGCGGUCCCUCUUAAGUGGAAUUUCUCUCCUCCCAACCCCUACUUCCUGCUGAUGACGCUGUGUAUUGAGUGAUGGGUUGCCUCUGUCUCCAUUCCUGAACAGGCAGCUUGUGUAGAGAUGGAGAAAUCCUCCCACAUGCCAUCUGCUCCUAGCCAAGCCCUGGCCACACAUGCCAAAGGGGACCCACGGGACAUAGAGACCUUGUUGUCCUCACGGAGCUGUGCGUCUCUCGAGCCCUUCACACCGUGCAAUCUGGCGCAUGGCACUGGUCAGACUGAAACCCUGCUCAAGUCAAAUACAUGGAAAGGAGAAAUCCACGCCAAGAGCCAAGUAGCUGAACAUUUUUCGCUUUUGUUUCCUUUUUGAGGGGCCUCAACUUCUGUUCAAUCACAUUGAUGUGGUGGGAAAGAUGAGGCUGAGCCAUACUCAAGUUCUGUUCUCAUCCCUGUGACAUUGUUAUCUCUGUCACUGCGAAAACCUCAAUGGUUUAUGUCAAGGUCAUCGUCAGAGCUGAUUGUGACCUGUGACUCCAAGCCCCCUUAGCAAAAGAUCAUUUAAAACCCUUUAGCAUCUUUUGCACAAACAUGCAGAUAUAAUUUAUUGGUUUUCAUGUCACCCUUGCCAUUUUUCAUGGUCCAUUCUAGCAUAGAGUGCAGUAUGCUGUAUAUUCAUGCUUUAGUGCUGUGUCUGGAUUCCUUGGCACCCUCACAGAUCAGAACUAUGUGGAGAGGCUUGAGAUGGCUUUUGUUUCUCACAAAGAGAGAGGCCUCUUCAAGGGUCCUGUGCUGUUUCUAGAAAAGAAAGCAUUUAGUUUGCCUGAAGGGUCCUCGGCUGAAUGACUUUGACCUUUCCCCUUUUUUUUAUCUUGCUUGAUUGGACUGUAUCAGAGUGGUCCAGAAUGGGAAUAGAAAAUGCUGAUUAGCUACAUAUUGGAAGGAGAAAAUAGUGGGAAGAUGGCCGUAGUGCAAACAAGUGUUUAUCGCACAAAAGGAAGUUUGUUUGUCUGCAUCAGACAAAACAGACACAGCUUGUUACAAAUACACCUCUGAUUUGGCUGUAAAUCAACAUUGUUCAUCCCCUGUAACAGCCUUUGUGAUAAGGUCAUAUGCCAGAGUUUUUUCUUUUAUGUAAAAUAGUUUUCAGCAGCCAACAGUAAGGCCCACAUCACUGACGUCAUCAAAAACUAUAAGCAUGCAAACUAUGUGCAUACUAUGGGCUGGCUGGUGAGUUACAGAGUUUUGGUGUAAAUACUAAUAAGCCCAUGAGAAGGGUGUGGAACUGCAAUGGAGAUAAAGCAUUGUUGUUUACACAGCUUUGAGUUGAAUGCAAAAUAUGAUGUCUGGCUUCACUCAUAAUUUCCUCCACAUAGGCAUCAUCAUAUUGAGUCAGUAUACAAGGUUGUGACCACAGACCAUAGACGGGUUAGCUGGCAACGUCACAAAAACUAUGCACACGCUUCAGUGGGGCAGAAAUGUGUGUGCUGUGAUUCUAGAUGGCCAGAUAGCUAGCAACAAUGACAAGAAGUAAGUGACUCGUUUCAGCUAGUUUUAUUUUUGUUCUUGAUACCAUGCCAUGUUUUGACUGAUGUCAUGUCUAUGCUAAUACAUGAGAGAGAGAGAGAGAGAGAGAGAGAGGCAGAGAGAGAUGCAGAGAGAGAGAGAGAGGCAGAGAGAGAGAAGCAGAGAGAGAGCGAGAGGCAGAGAGAGAGAAGCAGAGAGAGAGAGAGGCAGAGAGAGAGAAGCAGAGAGAGAGCGAGAGGCAGAGAGAGAGAAGCAGAGAGAGAGAGAGGCAGAGAGAGAAAGGCAGGGACAGAGAUGUGGUUGGUGAGGUAGGUGUAGGGAGCUCAUUCAUGAGAUGGGUGGGCAGAAUGGCCAUGGCACAGACAGAAGUCUGUCUCUCCAGAAUCCUGCUGUUCGAUUGACCAAGAAAAUAGAACUGACUGAUUGUGCACCAAGGAUUUUAUCCGUUUACUGCACUAACUGGACACUGGAAUUGUGGAGAAACUCAAUGCAUUGGAAAGUCUUGUAGAUGAUGGGGAAGAGAGAACUCUGAUGCGAUUUUACUUGAAGGAUUGUACUUAUGAAAGGUAACGCAGAUGUAAUGAGCUAACGAGAGGAGGAAAAGUUUUGAUAAUGGUUGUUGAUGAGUUGAUCAAUGAUCUGUUUUGCCGCGCUUUAUGUUGUGUAUAUUUAGAAAUGAACAGUAAAAUAGUAGUGACAUUACAUGAUAACAACGUGUGUAUUUCUUUGGGAUUCAAAUAAAUCUAUACAGCAACUAACAAGA